CAUGAAGAAAAAGGAAAAAGGGGGAGAUAACAGAAGCAGCGAAGGAGAUGAAAGAGCGGGAGAAGAAGAAGACGGCAGUAGUGAGCGAAAUCACUGUCGUUGCGGCCGCCAUCCCUGAAUAGAGAGAACGACGAAGGGAGGAGAGAAUAAGAACAAAGGGAAGAGACCGAGAGAGAUCGUGCUCAGGCCACCGUGCCCUAACCCUCACCAGUGCCUUCCUUGUCGUCGCACCGCUAAAAUCCCCUCCGUUGCGCCUCCUCAUCGCAUCUGUCUCGCCGUUUUGCCCCUUGUGGUUCGCGUCUGCCUCGCUGUUUCUGCUCUGAUCCUUCGUCCCUACUGAAGAUCAAGAAAGAGCAGAGUUCCUCAAGUUCGUCGGACGAUAAGGCACCGGAAGUUGAUAGCACACCCAACAGAGUUUCAGAGGAUCUUGUCAAGUGUUUGUGUAGCAUAUUUUUGAGAGUUGGCACAUUCAGUUGAGUGAUCCUUAUGGUAUCUAUUCAGAUUCCAAAACAAGAAGAGAUGUUGGUGCAUACAAUAAUCUGUGUGAGAUUAAAGGCUCCAAUGUUGAUCUCAACCGAACAACAAAUGCAGUGUAUCUGAUCCACAGAUUAAAUUGGCAAUGGCUUCCGAGUUUGCAAGCAUGUUGUGUGGUGUUUCCUCCUCGGAAUGACGGUGGCAGAUGCUAUCACAAUACUCAAGUCCUUUGUUCCCAUGCCCAUGAACUUCAAUAACCUUUCUUCUCUCUCUCUUCCUCUACAACAAAGAAGAGCCUUCAAUUCAUAUUCCCAGGAUUUUGUAAGUUCAAUGAUUUCUGAAUGAAAGCUCAUCCGUACAUGAAGAGUGAUAUCGAAGUGUUGGAUAAGCUUUGUUUACUUAAUAUACGUUCAAGAUGUGGGUCUAAAAAUUUAAUAUAACCAUGAACUUUUGUUGCUCAUCCUCCAACUGAAUGCUUACAAGUUUUUGAAACGAGUAGCAACAAAGAGACUAUCCCUCUAACUUGUUUGAUUUUGAUAAAAAUAUGGCAUCAACUUUGAUCUCUCGUGCUUCACGUAGGUUUCUCAAAUAUUCUUUCCCUUCUUCAGGCCUCUCAAUACAAUAUCCUUCCCCUUCCGUCUUCAAUCCUUUAAUCUCCACUGAACCAUCUAUAAGCAUAAACCGCAACUUCUAUCCUUCGCUCGGUCCAUUUGGGCAAUACCACCAUCAGGAUUCUGAAUUUGAAUCUUUUAAAACUGUUCGAUCUCUCUCAAAUUUUCAGUUUGUUCAGCACAUCUCUACAUCACCUUCGAGUUUAAAAGAGGGAUCUGAGGGAAAUAAGAAUCAAAGUGGUAAUGUGGUUAAAGCAAAUAUCUCUUGGAUUGAUUUAUACUUGCCUAAGCAGGUUCAGCCCUAUGCACAGCUUGCUCGCCUAGAUAAGCCCAUUGGGACAUGGUUGCUUCUAUGGCCUUGUAUGUGGUCAAUUACGUUGGCUGCAACUCCAGGACAGCUUCCUGAUUUUAAAAUGUUGGCAUUGUUUGGAUGUGGGGCUUUGCUUUUGAGGGGUGCUGGGUGUACUAUUAAUGACCUCCUUGAUCGCGACAUUGAUACAAAAGUAGAACGUACAAAGUCAAGACCUGUGGCAAGUGGUCUUUUAACGCCAUUUCAGGGACUUUGUUUUCUUGGUUUUCAGUUAACUUUGGGUCUUGGGAUUCUUCUGCAAUUGAAUAAUUAUAGCCGUGUUCUGGGUGCCUCAUCCUUGUUGCUUGUCUUCUCUUAUCCCCUUAUGAAGAGGUUUACAUUUUGGCCUCAAGCCUAUCUCGGGUUGACCUUUAAUUGGGGCGCUUUGUUAGGAUGGGCAGCAAUUAGAGGAAGUCUAGAUCCAACAAUAGUGCUGCCACUUUAUGCCUCUGGAGUUUUUUGGACACUUGUUUAUGAUACAAUCUAUGCUCACCAGGAUAAAGAAGAUGACCUAAAAGUGGGAGUUAAGUCAACGGCUUUGCGCUUUGGUGAUUUUACAAAGGAGUGGAUUACUGGGUUUGGGAUUGCAUGCCUUGGUGGUCUUGCUCUCAGUGGCUAUAAUGCUGAAAUAGGAUGGCCAUAUUAUGCAUUUCUGGCAGCUGCAUCUGGACAACUAGGCUGGCAAAUAUGGAUAGUUGACCUCUCAUCACGUGCUGAUUGCAAUAGCAAAUUUAAUUCAAACAAGUGGUUUGGAGCUAUCAUAUUUGGUGGAAUCCUAGCUGGAAAACUUGUAUCAUAGGGGGCAUUUUUCAUGAAGGAAAAAUUACUCAUCGAAAAACCAAGAAUUCAACUGAUGAGAGAUAAGGUUGAAUGUCAUUAGAAGGUACAUGGUUUCUUGGUACUCAUGUUGCAAUUUUAGUAGUCUGAAAUCUUAAACCAAUGGUGUGCCAAUCUAAGGAGUAAAUCUAUGAUCCUAAAAUCAGAUCAUUCUAAGCAUCUUGCAUUUUUAAUUUGGUGGAUUAUGAAGCUUCCUCUUGGUGAUUUAUCUGUGUAGGACACUAGUUUAGCAGCUGAAAUCAUACUUAGGAUAUAUUUGUAAAACUGGAGUAAAAAUUUUCAUGGAUGAAUUUGAUAUGUGAAAUUGCACAUGGAGUUCAUCCUUGAAAAUUCCACUCCAUUUUUACUUACAACUAAACAUACUCUUCAGGUGUGUUUGUCUGUUGAGAGAAAGGAAGGGAAGAGAAUGGUUUGAAGGAUAGAAUGGAGUUAUAUCAAGUUCCUCUAUCCUCUCAUUCUCUUCAAAAUCUCAACGCACAAACGCACUAUUAGUGAGAAGAAGGAGGAGGAACAGAAAAUGUUAGGACAUUCAAGUUCAACUGCCAAGACUAAU